AUGCUGCCGACUACGCGGCCGGACAAAGGCGAACGGAGUAAAUCGAUGAAAGCCCAGUUUGACCGCCAUCACGGAGCCAGACACCGAGCCUACGAAGCGCUGGAUCAUCAGAAUCAAUGUCUGCCGCUGCAUAUUGACUUUGAUCUACCGAUGCCGAUACGCCGCCCAUCGGCACCGACGACCGUUCCAACUCAACCAAUGGUCGCUUCAAAAGGAAAUAAAGAACGUGCACCAUCAACUCCUACUACAACACCAGUACACACCAGGACAGCUCAAGGACCAUCACUUUGCCGAUCAUCACGAAACACUCGGGAACCAAGACGCCUUAUAUUGGAUCCCCGUCGAAAGUCCUACCUUUGA